GCUACAGCUCAUUGCAUGCUCCAGAGAGUAGCGCAUAAUUGCUCUGUCGGCGGAUAACUCAAGUUCAACCAAGUGAGUUUCCAAAGCAGAGUUGAAGACCAAAGACAUCAAAUUUCUACAUUGCCUCCACCACCUCUCACUCUCUUCCUAUAUACUCUCUCUCUGCUCUACAUAAAUUCUCUCCCACUCACUCACUCACUCACUGUGAUUUCACACACACACACUCUCUCUCUCUCUCUCUCUCUCUCUCUCUCUCUCUGCUUCGCAGAUUCUCUCACUAGUCACUAGAACUGUGGGGGGAGUGGAGGGAGAGAGAACUUCAAAUACCAUAUACCCACUGGAGGGCUCAUCUCUCUAAAGCUUUCACACCAUUCUGUCCCAUUUUCAGGGUUGAGGGAGUUAAUUGCGACAAUAUCAUGGAAUCUAAGCAUAAUUCUUCAGGAAACAGAACAAGAAGCACGAUAUCUAUAUUCGUUGUUAUUGCUCUGUGUUGUUUCUUCUACCUUCUUGGAACAUGGAAAAAGAGUGGUUUUGGAAAAGGAGAUAGCAUAGCAUUUCCAGUAACCAAGCAGACAGAUUGCAGCAAUGUCUUUACUAAUUUGAACUUUGAAACACAUCACAAUAUUGAGGAGAUAGUUGAACCCUCUGAACCUAAAGCCAAAGAGUUCAAGCCUUGUGAUGUUAAGUAUGCUGAUUAUACUCCUUGUCAAGAGCAAGACCGAGCAAUUAAAUUCCCCAGGGAAAGGCAUUGUCCACCAGAAGAAGAAAAAUUGCAUAUUGUUAUUCCAGCCAUAAAGGAUAUGACUCCUUUCCCCUGGCCUAAAGGCCGUGACUAUGUCCACUAUGCCAACGUCCCUUAUAAAGGCCUGACAGUUGAGAAAGCUGUUCAGAACUGGGUGCCGUUUCAGGGAAAUGUUUUCAAAUUUCCAGGUGGAGGAACAAUGUUCCCCCAAGGCGCUGGUGCAUAUAUUGAUGAACUCGCAUCAGUUAUUCCGAUUUCAGAUGGCUCUGUCAGGACAGCAUUGGAUACUGGUUGUGGUGUAUAUUUGCUUACCAAGCAUGAUACAUGUAAUGUAUUAGCCAUGUCCUUUGCACCACGGGAUAAUCAUGUAGCACAAGUGCAGUUUGCAUUGGAGCGAGGUUUACCUGCUGUUAUCGGUGUGCUUGGAUCAAUUCGUCUUCCAUACCCAUCUAGGGCCUUUGAUAUGGCUCAGUGCUCUCGGUGUUUAAUUCAAUGGACUGCAAAUGAUGGGAUGUACCUAAAAGAAGUUGAUCGGGUCCUUAGACCUGGUGGAUAUUGGAUCUUGUCUGGACCUCCAAGUAAUUGGAAGACAUACUACAAAACGUGGAAGCGGUCUAAGGAGGAUGUCCAGACAGAGCAAAGACAAAUUGAAGCACUAGAUGAAAGUCUUUGCUGGGAGAAAAUGUAUGAGAACGGAGAUAUGGCUAUUUGGAAGAAAAAAGUUAAUACAAAAUCCUGCAAAAGCAAGUGUGUCAAUGUAUGCCAGACAGAGGAUGCUGAUGAUGUCUGGUACAAGAAAAUGGACACAUGCGUAACCCCCUCUCCUGAGGUUACCAAUGCAAAUGAAGUAGUAGUGGGGGCGUUGAAGUUUCCUGCGAGGCUUUAUGCAGUCCCUCCUCGAAUAGCUAAUGGUUUAGUUGACAGAGUUACUACUGAAUCUUACCAAGAGGAUAAUAAACUUUGGAAAAAGCAUGUAAAUACUUGCAAAAGAAUCAACAACUUGAUUGUCACUACCAGAUAUCGGAAUGUCAUGGAUAUGAGAGGCCUUGGAGGAUUUGCAGCAGCCCGAUCACGAAAAUCUUGGGUUAUGAAUGUUGUGCCUACAAUUGCAAAGAACGCUUUAGGUGUUAUUUAUGAGAGAGGUCUCAUUGGCAUUUAUCAUGACUGUUUCCUCCGGGGCUUGUUAAACGAACGGCGAGAUUCCCACGGCGCCAGCCCAAAUGGAAAUCGACGGCCCCAAACGAAUCCCGAAGACCGAAGCCGUGCAUCCCAUGGCUGCCCCCCAACCAGCCCAACCAAGCUGGUUCGAAGCUGACGAUCGUUCUG